GGACAGGUAGGCAUUUCCUUUAUGCCUUGUGGAUCAGUUUCGCUUAACCACCUGUUCGUGGUGGGAAAACGACAGAAUGGGGAAGCUUCAGGAAUUCGAAAUAACUUUUGAUAACAACAAAACGGUUUAUAGUCCUGGUGAAUCUCUCACGGGGACUCUGAAAAUCUCAAUCGCGCAGUCCAUACAAUGUAAAGCCAUCAAAGUGAGCUGCCAGGGCUUCUGUGGCGUGACCAGCAAAUCAAAUGACACCGACUGGACAGACGAGGAGCAGUACUUCAGCAGCUCUGUCUCAAUAGCUGAUAAAGGCACUCUCAAAGAGGGCGAGCACAGUUUUCCCUUCAAGUUUCUCUUGCCAGCUGCUGCACCAACUUCAUUUGUAGGGCCUUAUGGACAGAUCAUGUACCGAGUCCGGGCUUUCAUCGACACACCUCGAUUUGCCAAAGACUACAAGAUCGAGAAGCCAUUCUCUAUGACCAACACAUUGAACCUGAAUGAAGUACCUGGAAUACGGGAACCUAGCUCAUCCUCUGUAACCAAGAAUUUCUCAUACAUGCUUGUGAAAAAUGGGACAGUGGUGCUGAAUGCGAAGACUGACAUGCGAGGGUAUAUCGCAGGACAGAUCAUUAAAGUUUCCGCUGGGAUUGAAAACAAAUCUGACAAGACGACAGGUCAUGUGGUUGCCAGUCUAAUGCAGAAAGUCACCUAUAAUACCAAGAAGCCAACAUAUGACUUGCGGUCCGUAGCGGAGGUGGAAGGACCUGGAGUAAAGGGUGGAAAUAAAUCAGAAUGGAAUCAGCAGAUCAUUGUACCUGCUCUUCCUCACUCCUCCCUGGCCGAUGGAAACCUCAUUCAAAUCUGCUAUUACAUUCAGGUCUAUCUGAAAUACCCCGAGGUGGCAUUAACUCUGCCCAUUUGCAUUGGAAGCGUGGCGCUGGAUCCCUCUCAGCCUUCCCUUUCCCAGACGGUUGCCCCAAUGCCAGCCCCACGUAUCACCCCUGCCCCAUCUCCAUCUGCUCCUGAAUCUGAAGCUCCAAAUCUGCCACCACGGCCAGCCCCAAAACCUGCACCCAAACCCAGGCCUCGCAGCACCCAUGCUUCCCCCAGUGCGCCUCCAGUCGAUCUGUACCCACAGCUCCCAAGUGUGAGUAACUACAAUGGAGAAAUGCUCAAGAGCCCGCAUCAAGAGCCAGGCUCUCAGGGUCCAGUGUCCCCUAAUGCCUUCAGCUACGCUCCUGGCCUGAGUUUCAGACAGAGACAGAGCUCCAGUGGCCCAUCAGCACCUCCUCCGUCAUCAUCCAGCAGCUCUCAGGACAGGAAUCAGACGCCCUCUUCUGCGAGUGUGCCUCCCAGCUAUAGGAGUUCAGCAUAUCCACAAGAGGCUCCACCUUCUUAUGAAGACAGCUUCAAUACAUAGGAUGUCACCCAGUGUAUGGAUGGUGAAAGAAAAGCCAAGGAAAAUAUUCAUAACACUACUGUGACUUUAUAAUAAAUAUGGACAUCAAGCACUUUUGGACCAAAUGUGUGAAUAUACAAAUUCCGUGAUCUACAGUCUUUUACAAACUCAUCUGAACUGGAUAUAAAGCCUAAGAAGUCUGCUGAUACAAUGCUUUAGAUGUGCCUUCAGCUUUUGAAUUGAGUCAUUUUGCUUUUAGUGUUUGUUAUUGUUUUACCACUUGCUUUUAUAAGUAUUAAAUACUCAAAGAUUUGACGAUUAGACUAAUCACACAAGGUAAAUUUGUUUUUAUUAGCACAUUUUGGCACAUUUUUCUUUCUUGAUUGAAAUUGUAUCUUUGUUUAAUAUAUGCCUAGAUGGCUUUGUUUGGAUACCCUGUAUAUCUGUCAUCCUUGAGUCAUUAUACGAGACUACUGAAUAUAUAUUUCAAUUUCUGUGGUAAAUAAUGGUUCUUUUCUGACUUAAA